UCGGAGCAGACGGGAGUUUCUCCUCGGGGUCGGAGCAGGAGGCACGCGGAGUGUGAGGCCACGCAUGAGCCGACGCUAACCCCCACCCCAGCCGCAAAGAGUCUACAUGUCUAGGGUCUAGACAUGUUCAGCUUUGUGGACCUCCGGCUCCUGCUCUUCUUAGCGGCCACCGCCCUCCUGACGCGCGGCCAAGAGGAGGGCCAAGAAGAAGACAUCCCACCAGUCACCUGCGUACAGAACGGCCUCAGGUACUAUGACCGAGACGUUUGGAAACCCGAGGCCUGUCGGAUCUGUGUCUGCGACAACGGCAACGUGUUGUGCGAUGACGUGAUCUGCGACGAAACCAAGAACUGUCCCGGCGCCCAAGUCCCCCCGGGCGAGUGCUGCCCCGUCUGCCCCGACGGCGAGGCGUCUCCUACCGACCAAGAAACCACAGGAGUCGAGGGACCCAAGGGAGACACUGGCCCCCGAGGUCCAAGGGGUCCUGCCGGCCCCCCUGGCCGAGAUGGCAUCCCCGGACAGCCUGGACUUCCCGGACCCCCCGGACCUCCCGGACCCCCCGGACCCCCUGGCCUCGGAGGAAACUUUGCUCCCCAAAUGUCUUAUGGCUACGAUGAGAAAUCAACUGGAGGAAUCUCCGUGCCUGGCCCCAUGGGUCCUUCUGGUCCUCGUGGUCUCCCUGGCCCCCCCGGUGCACCUGGUCCCCAAGGUUUCCAGGGCCCCCCUGGUGAGCCCGGCGAGCCUGGAGCCUCAGGUCCCAUGGGUCCCCGUGGUCCCCCUGGCCCCCCUGGCAAGAAUGGAGAUGAUGGUGAAGCCGGAAAGCCUGGUCGUCCUGGUGAGCGUGGACCGCCUGGACCUCAGGGUGCUCGGGGAUUGCCUGGAACAGCUGGCCUUCCUGGAAUGAAGGGACACAGAGGUUUCAGUGGUUUGGACGGUGCCAAGGGAGACGCUGGUCCUGCUGGCCCCAAGGGUGAGCCCGGUAGCCCUGGUGAAAACGGAGCUCCUGGUCAGAUGGGCCCCCGGGGUCUGCCUGGUGAGAGAGGUCGCCCCGGAGCCCCCGGCCCUGCUGGUGCUCGUGGGAACGAUGGUGCUACUGGUGCUGCUGGACCCCCCGGUCCCACUGGCCCCGCCGGUCCCCCUGGAUUCCCUGGUGCUGUUGGUGCUAAGGGUGAAGCUGGUCCCCAAGGAGCCCGUGGCUCUGAAGGUCCCCAGGGUGUGCGUGGUGAGCCCGGCCCCCCUGGCCCUGCUGGUGCUGCUGGCCCUGCUGGAAACCCUGGUGCUGACGGACAGCCGGGUGCUAAAGGUGCUAACGGCGCUCCUGGCAUUGCUGGUGCUCCCGGCUUCCCUGGUGCCCGAGGCCCCUCUGGACCCCAGGGCCCCAGUGGUCCUCCUGGUCCCAAGGGUAACAGCGGUGAACCUGGUGCUCCCGGGAACAAAGGAGACACUGGUGCCAAGGGAGAGCCCGGCCCCACUGGUAUUCAAGGCCCCCCUGGCCCUGCUGGGGAAGAAGGAAAGCGAGGAGCCCGAGGUGAACCCGGACCCACCGGCCUGCCCGGACCCCCCGGCGAGCGUGGUGGCCCUGGUAGCCGUGGUUUCCCUGGGGCAGACGGCGUCGCUGGUCCCAAGGGCCCCGCUGGUGAACGUGGUUCCCCCGGCCCCGCUGGCCCCAAGGGUUCUCCUGGUGAAGCUGGUCGCCCUGGUGAAGCUGGUCUGCCUGGUGCCAAGGGUCUGACUGGAAGUCCCGGCAGCCCUGGUCCAGAUGGCAAAACCGGCCCCCCUGGUCCCGCUGGUCAAGAUGGUCGCCCCGGACCCCCAGGCCCCCCCGGUGCCCGUGGUCAGGCCGGCGUGAUGGGAUUCCCUGGGCCUAAAGGUGCUGCUGGAGAGCCUGGCAAGGCCGGAGAGCGAGGUGUGCCUGGGCCCCCUGGUGCUGUUGGUCCUGCCGGCAAAGAUGGAGAAGCUGGAGCUCAGGGAGCCCCCGGCCCUGCUGGCCCCGCUGGUGAGAGAGGUGAACAAGGCCCCGCUGGCUCCCCCGGAUUCCAGGGUCUCCCUGGCCCCGCUGGUCCUCCUGGUGAAGCAGGCAAGCCCGGUGAACAGGGUGUUCCUGGCGACCUUGGUGCCCCCGGCCCCUCCGGAGCAAGAGGCGAGAGAGGUUUCCCCGGUGAACGCGGCGUGCAAGGCCCCCCCGGCCCCGCAGGUCCCCGGGGAGCUAACGGUGCCCCUGGCAAUGAUGGUGCUAAGGGUGAUGCUGGUGCCCCCGGAGCCCCAGGUAGCCAGGGCGCUCCUGGCCUUCAGGGAAUGCCUGGUGAACGAGGCGCAGCUGGUCUUCCCGGCCCUAAGGGUGACAGAGGCGAUGCUGGUCCCAAAGGUGCUGAUGGUUCUCCUGGCAAGGAUGGUGUCCGUGGUCUGACUGGCCCCAUUGGUCCUCCUGGCCCUGCUGGUGCCCCUGGUGACAAGGGUGAAGCUGGUCCUAGCGGCCCCGCUGGUCCCACUGGAGCUCGUGGUGCCCCCGGAGACCGUGGUGAGCCUGGUCCCCCCGGCCCUGCUGGUUUCGCUGGCCCCCCUGGUGCCGACGGCCAACCUGGUGCUAAAGGCGAACCCGGUGAUGCUGGUGCUAAAGGCGACGCUGGCCCCCCUGGCCCUGCUGGCCCCACUGGCCCCCCUGGCCCCAUUGGUAACGUUGGUGCUCCUGGACCCAAAGGUGCUCGUGGCAGUGCCGGUCCUCCUGGUGCUACUGGUUUUCCUGGUGCUGCUGGCCGAGUCGGCCCCCCCGGCCCCUCUGGAAAUGCUGGACCCCCUGGCCCUCCUGGCCCUGCUGGCAAAGAAGGCGGCAAAGGCCCCCGUGGUGAGACCGGCCCCGCCGGACGUCCCGGUGAAGUCGGCCCCCGCCCCCCCGGCCCCGCUGGCGAGAAGGGGUCCCCUGGUGCUGACGGACCUGCUGGUGCUCCCGGCACUCCCGGACCUCAAGGCAUUGCUGGACAGCGUGGUGUGGUGGGCCUGCCCGGUCAGCGAGGAGAGAGAGGCUUUCCCGGUCUUCCCGGCCCCUCUGGUGAACCUGGCAAACAAGGUCCUUCUGGAGCAAGUGGUGAGCGUGGCCCCCCUGGUCCCAUGGGCCCCCCUGGAUUGGCUGGACCCCCUGGCGAGUCUGGACGUGAGGGAUCUCCUGGUGCUGAAGGCUCCCCCGGACGAGAUGGUUCUCCUGGCCCCAAGGGUGACCGUGGUGAGACCGGCCCUUCUGGACCCCCUGGUGCUCCUGGUGCUCCUGGAGCCCCUGGCCCUGUUGGCCCUGCUGGCAAAAAUGGCGACCGUGGCGAGACUGGUCCUGCUGGCCCUGCCGGCCCGAUCGGCCCCGUGGGUGCUCGUGGUCCCUCUGGACCCCAAGGUCCCCGUGGUGACAAGGGUGAGACAGGCGAACAGGGUGACAGAGGCAUAAAGGGUCACCGUGGCUUCUCUGGUCUCCAGGGUCCCCCUGGUCCUCCCGGCUCUCCUGGUGAACAAGGUCUCGGAGCUUCUGGCCCUGCUGGUCCCCGAGGUCCCCCCGGUUCUGCUGGUUCUCCUGGCAAAGACGGACUCAACGGUCUCCCAGGCCCCAUUGGCCCCCCUGGUCCUCGUGGUCGCACUGGUGAUGCUGGUCCUGUUGGUCCCCCCGGCCCUCCUGGACCCCCCGGCCCCCCCGGUCCUCCCAGCGGCGGUUUCGACUUCAGCUUCCUGCCCCAGCCACCUCAAGAGAAGGCUCACGAUGGCGGCCGCUACUACCGGGCCGAUGAUGCCAACGUGGUCCGCGACCGUGACCUCGAGGUGGACACCACCCUCAAGAGCCUGAGCCAGCAGAUCGAGAACAUCCGGAGCCCUGAAGGAAGCCGCAAGAACCCAGCCCGCACCUGCCGCGACCUUAAGAUGUGCCACUCUGACUGGAAGAGCGGAGAAUACUGGAUUGACCCCAACCAAGGAUGCAACCUGGAUGCCAUCAAGGUCUUCUGCAACAUGGAGACAGGCGAGACCUGCGUGUACCCCACCCAGCCCCAUGUGGCCCAGAAGAACUGGUACAUCAGCAAGAACCCCAAAGACAAGAGGCACGUCUGGUACGGCGAGAGCAUGACCGACGGAUUCCAGUUCGAGUACGGCGGCCAGGGCUCCGAUCCUGCCGAUGUAGCCAUCCAGCUGACGUUCCUGCGCCUGAUGUCCACCGAGGCGUCCCAGAACAUCACCUACCACUGCAAGAACAGCGUGGCCUACAUGGACCAGCAGACUGGCAACCUCAAGAAGGCCCUGCUCCUCCAGGGCUCCAACGAGAUCGAGAUCCGGGCCGAGGGCAACAGCCGCUUCACCUACAGCGUCACCUACGACGGUUGCACGAGUCACACCGGAGCCUGGGGCAAGACAGUGAUCGAAUACAAAACCACCAAGACCUCCCGCUUGCCCAUCAUCGAUGUGGCACCAUUGGACGUUGGCGCCCCAGACCAGGAAUUCGGCAUGGAUGUUGGCCCUGUCUGCUUCUUGUAAACUCCCUCCCACCCUACCCGGCUCCCUCCCACCCAACCCCCUCACCCCUGACCCUGGAAACAGACAAACAGCCAAACUGAACCCCCCAAAAGCCAAAAAAUGGGAGACAAUUUCACAUGGACUUUGGAAAAUAUUUUUUUCCUUUGCAUUCAUCUCUCAAACUUAGUUUUUAUCUUUGACCAACUGAACAUGACCAAAACCAAAAGCGCAUUCAACCUUACCAAAAAAAAAAAAAAAAAGAAUAAAUAAAAUAACUUUUUAAAAAAA